AUAUAAUAUAAUGUUAUUGUCAUACAAAGAAUUUUUAAAAAAUGCAAGAAUAGUGCUUGGUUCACAAAGCAGAGGAAGACAAGGAUUACUAAAAAUGUUAGAUUUAUUUCAUUUUGAAGUAUUUCCUUCAACUUUUGAAGAAAACUUAGAUAAAUAGGUUGACCCUUUAAUCUAUGUAUAAAAGACAUGCGAAGGUAAAGUAAAAAAUCUUCUUGAAACAUUUAAAUAAACUAAUCACUAAUGGGAUAUUUGCAUUUUUGCAGAUACUGUCUGUGAGAUAAAUGGUAAGAUUAUUGAAAAGCCAAAUAAUAAGGAAGAGGCUUCAAAUUUUUUAAGGUUAUUUAGCAAUUCAUUACAUUUGGUACAUACUUGUGUGUACGUUGUUGGUAAAAAUGGAAAAGAUUAAUUAUUCUAAGUAAAUGGAUUAGAAACCACUGAAGUCCAUUUUUAAUAUUUGCCGGAGAAGAGUAUUGAAGCUUAUGUUGAAGAUGAAUAAAAUUGGAUAGGUAGAGCAGGAGGAUAUGCAAUUUAAGCUUUGGGUAAUAUAUUAAUCAAAAGAAUAAAUGGGUAAUAAUAAAUAAAACUUAUUAAGUGAUUAUUCUAAUGUAAUAGGAUUACCCUUGCCAAUAUUAGAUAAACUGAUGUCUGAAGUUAUAGAAUUUAUAAUGAAGAAAGAUUGAGUAUAUAUAAACUCAUAAAAUUGAU